AUGGACCCAACCACAAAACCCAACCUCACCACCAACGACUCCGCCAUCGUUGAAUCGCUCAAAGCCCGCGAGCUCGCAAUCAUCCGCACCCUGCAACCCUCCUCAGAAUCAUCCGCCCCGUCCCUCCCCGCCAUCCAACAAGCCCUGGAUGAUCUCUCAGCCCUGAUUACAGAAUACCCGACUUACCCGUCUGCAUAUGCGAAUCGUGCGCAGACGUUGAGGUUGUUCAUUGAUAGCACCACCUCCUCGGUAUCUUCUCCUGAGAAUAAUGGGGCUGGGAACGGAGAAGAAGACCCCCUCUUCUUCCCCCAGAACACAUCCCAAUCAUCCACCCUCCUCUCCGACCUCGGGCAGGCCAUCUCGCUAGCUACGCCGCGGUCCCCCGCCGAUCCCAUCUCCGAUGUUCAGGCGCGUCUGUUGUCUGAUGUUCAUACCCACCGCGGGUACUUGUUACUGAAGGCGGCGAGGGUGCGGAAGGAGAUGAUGAAGAAGGAUGGCGCUGGUGUGGAGGUAGAGAUGGAGGUAGAGGCAGCCGGCCCAACCCAGCUACGCCGACUAAGCUCCGACCAGCUAGAAGACAUGGCGAGUCGGGAUUUCUUUUUCGGUGGACGGUACGGGAAUAAGGUCGCGCAGCAGUUGGCGGUGCAGACGAAUCCGUAUGCGAAGAUGUGUGGGGCGAUUGUGAAGGAGGCGUUGAGGAAGGAGGUUGUCGUUGAGCAGGUUGUUAAGUUUUAAUUUGUGCUUGGGUUGUAGUUUAUGGCUUUUACUUGGGGGGGGGAUGGGGUUGCAUAGCGUUUGGUUUAUAGGAUUUGUUUGGUUGUCUAGUAACUCAUUUAUGAUAGGGGGUAAGAUUCGGUCUGAGUGGUAGGGGUAUAGAUUAGUAUGUUUGG